AGAACCCAAACCCGGUGACGUUUUGUUACAGUGGUGUUGCUGGGACUGGGUGAAGAAAAGAAAUGGCGAUGCUCGGAGGUUUUAGCUCCGCGCAGCCCAAGAAGAGUGUCUCUGAGGAGAGCAGUGACGUGUCGGAUUAUGUCUGUCCGGUUUGCCUGGAAAUUUUCGACAUCCCUCUAACAACACAAUGCGGUCAUACUUUUUGCCAGAGCUGUUUGCAAGAAUGUCUGCGUCCACAGAAGCCAGUGUGUGCUGUGUGUAGGACAACUCUGAACCACUGGACUAAAGCUGCUGAUAUAGAGGCCGCCAUCCACAAUACAAUUGCAGCUUGCAAGGGAUGUGGUGUUCAGGUUGGUCUUUCUCAAAUGAGAAGCCAUACAGCCGCGUGUUCAAAAUACCAGGACUACAUUGAGGAAGGUGUUAGAAGCACUGCCCAAAAUCAGCCAGCCAUCAUCAGUUCGGUGCCGAAUCGCUUCACCUUCUCCUGCCCCUACUGCAACUACCAGAACCUCGAUCAAGAUGGUCUAGUUGAACAUUGCACUUCCCAACAUGCACGAGAUACGCGCCAAGUGGUGUGUCCCAUCUGUGCCUCAAUGCCUUGGGGAGAUCCCAACUACAGGAGUGCUGACUUUUUCCAGCACCUGAAGAUCAGACACACUUUCUCCUAUGAUACUUUUGUUGAUUACGCCACAGAUGAGCACACAAUGAUUCAGGAGGCUUUACAACGUUCUCUCAUGGACAAGUGAAGUGUGAGCAACAAGGUAGCAGCAGAAAGAAGAGGAAUGCAGCCAAGAGAGCAGGGGAUUCUCUUGGAAAGACAAAAAAACAAAAACAAACACUGUAUCAUUAAUUAACCUGUUCAGAGGAUGGUUGUACUUAAUUGCAAUGGAUAACUAUUAUUUUAAGGGGAUAUUGGGUCACAUUUUCAAAAUCUUAAUAACUUGGAAUAAAAGAAGUAAUGGAUUAUGAUUGAAACACGUUGUACUGUUUGAUUUAGGACCGAUGCAGUGUUUCCAUCCUGAUAAUCUCUUAUCUUCUGCUCUGCUAAUUAUGUGUUCUUGGUAGUUAGUUUUGCAUCUCUUUAAUUAUGUUUUAGUCACUUAUUUAGUAAUGACUGUGUGUCAUACAACCAAAAACUUCCAAAGUUGUUAAAAAAAAAAAAAAAAUAAUAGGUUUGUCAAUACUUGAUGUUAUGAGAGGUUUUGACCACUAGGUGGCUAGAUAUCACCAGAAAAUGACAAACUUUCUGAAAGUUGUCAGGCUAUAGUAAUAAAUAAUAUCUGGGCCAAGAAUGGCUAAGCUUUCUGCAUUGAGAGACAAAAAAAGGGAUCCAUACGAAUCUGCUGUUUAUAGUUCAAAUGUGUUUUUUUUGUGUUUUUUUUCUAAGAUGUGAAUAGAAAAUGUUGAUAGGGUCAGAGCAAGAGAUGGCAGGUCGCAUUAUUGUAAGGUUUCACCCUUUGUGUCUUUGUGCCUUCUUGUAAAUCAUAUUUCUGACUUCCAAAAUUAACAGGGCUAAUCUAGAUCGUCAUGGGAAUAAAGAGAUGCAAAAAGGUCUGCAUCAAUUGGUUAUGUGCAUCAUUUCUCCUGUUUGUAGCUUUUAUUUGCCACUGGGGGGCACCAGAGCACUUCCUAUCCCUGAGUUCUAGUCGUGAUAGUGCUAGAUCAUCCUAGAUUUCAUUAGUGUUUUUCACAAGCUUUCCUUUUAAGUGCAUUAUACAGAAAUGUCACAGAUAUAAAGAAAAAUAGGUUUUAGUGAAGUAAUCUAGUCAUAGCUGAAACUGUAAUUACAAUUUACAAGAUUAAAAUUACAUGGUGGUGAGAUAAUAUAAGUUUAUAUGUAAGGUGCUGUGAUAUGUUGCCUGGAUAGAAACCUUCGACGACCCAGAAUCCUCGGCUUUUUGUAUAUCCUCAAAGUUCUUGUUCUUGAUAUCGACGCCAACCAAAUAUUGCUUGCGUGCAGGGAAAAGAAAAGAACAAAAGCUGGUUUGAUUUUCUUUUUCAAUCUUGUUUUUUGAAUUAGUUUUGAAAAUCUUCGAUCAACCGCUAAGUAAAACAAAUCUUGAAGCAAUGCAUUUCUCCCUAAGCUACAGACGAAUAAAUAUUCUUACAGCAGAUUAAGUAGCCCUCAUACAGAACCUCUUUUUGUUUCUAAUCUAGUCUUUGAUCUCUAUUGUGCCUGUUGUGAACCUUGUGUGUCCCCCUCUGAGGCUGUGAUGCGUCUGAAAUUUUCUGUGUUUCCAAUGUGUAUUAACUUUUCUUUUUCAUUUUCUAAAUGUAUCUCAUUCUCUUUUAUCAGCCCUUCUGUCUGGAAGUGCUCAAUUCUGAGAAAUUAAAGCUAUAAUUAUUUAAA